GUUCCAUGAUGGAGUUUGAACAUUACAUCAAGAGGCUUCAUAUUUUGGAUUAGUUAAUUGUAUUUGCCCUCUGCUGAGGACUUUGAAGCUUCAGAUUUAGUUUCUGUGUCCUUCAAAGCAUUAAAUGCAGAGCGAUUGUAUCAUGGACUGCAAGGAGAGCUGCCCAAGCGUAAGCAUCCCCAGCUCUGAUGAACAUAGAGAGAAAAAGAAGAGGUUCACGGUUUAUAAAGUUCUAGUCUCUGUGGGCAGAAGCGAGUGGUUUGUCUUCAGGAGAUAUGCAGAGUUUGACAAACUUUACAAUACUUUAAAGAAACAGUUUCCUGCUAUGGCUCUGAAGAUCCCUGCUAAGAGAAUAUUCGGUGAUAAUUUUGAUCCGGAUUUUAUUAAACAAAGAAGAGCGGGGCUGAAUGAAUUCAUUCAGAACUUGGUCAGGUAUCCAGAGCUUUACAACCAUCCAGAUGUCAGAGCAUUCCUUCAAAUGGACAGCCCCAGACAUCAGUCAGAUCCAUCUGAAGAUGAGGAUGAAAGAAGUGCUCCGAAGCCACAUUCUACCUCACAGAACAUCAACCUGGGACCAACUGGAAAUCCUCAUGCUAAACCAACUGACUUUGAUUUUUUAAAAGUUAUUGGAAAGGGCAGCUUUGGCAAGGUUCUUCUUGCAAAACGAAAACUGGAUGGAAAAUUUUAUGCUGUCAAGGUGUUACAGAAAAAAAUAGUUCUCAACAGAAAAGAGCAAAAACAUAUUAUGGCUGAACGAAAUGUGCUCUUGAAAAAUGUGAAACAUCCGUUUUUGGUUGGAUUGCACUAUUCUUUCCAAACAACUGAAAAGCUUUAUUUUGUUCUGGAUUUUGUUAAUGGAGGGGAGUUGUUCUUCCACUUACAAAGAGAACGGUCUUUUCCUGAACACAGAGCGAGGUUCUAUGCUGCUGAGAUCGCUAGUGCCUUGGGUUACCUGCACUCCAUCAAAAUAGUGUACAGAGACUUGAAGCCAGAAAAUAUUCUCUUGGAUUCAAUGGGGCAUGUUGUCUUAACAGAUUUUGGGCUUUGCAAAGAAGGAAUUGCUAUUUCUGAUACCACCACAACCUUUUGUGGGACACCGGAGUACCUUGCACCUGAAGUGAUCAGGAAACAGCCCUAUGACAACACUGUGGACUGGUGGUGCCUGGGCGCCGUUCUCUAUGAGAUGCUGUAUGGGCUGCCUCCUUUUUACUGCCGAGAUGUUGCUGAAAUGUAUGAUAAUAUUCUUCAUAAGCCCCUAAACUUGAGGCCAGGAGUGAGCCUCACGGCGUGGUCCAUUCUGGAAGAACUCCUAGAAAAAAACAGGCAGAAUCGACUUGGUGCCAAAGAAGACUUUGCGGGACCGGAUGAUAUCAGGAACUUUGACACAGUCUUCACGGAAGAAGCAGUUCCCUAUUCUGUGUGCGUGUCUUCUGACUAUUCCAUAGUGAAUGCCAGUGUUCUGGAGGCAGAUGAUGCAUUUGUUGGCUUUUCUUACGCCCCUCCUUCAGAAGACUUAUUUUUGUGAACAGUUUGAUGUUCAGAAACCAUUGGGCAAAUUCAAGCUUGCAGAGGAGAUGGAAACGCCGAUUUGUGUGAAUAUAUUCAACUAUGUAUACCAGUGCCUCAUUUUUACAUGUAAUGUUGAAAACUAUGAAAUACGUAUUUUCUGCUGUAAGCAAGAAAUAGGGCAUUUCAAAAGAGCUGAGUUUUGAACUGAAAUUUGUAUUCGUUUAUUAAGCUUAUUUUUAAACAAAAAUUUUAAGCUAUUAUUAUUAGCAUUAACCUAUUUUUAAAGAUAACUUUUUGCUAUUGACUGUUUUUUCCCUGUUAAGUUUACACUAACACAUCCAAGAUAGACUGUUUUUGAUAGUCUGUUACAGUUAAGAUAAGAUGCAUUAUAAUUCUAUGACUUUUAUCAUAGCAGAACUAUGCAAAUGGUACAUGGUGGUUUAAGGUGAAACCCUGUCUUCUCAUGAUAAGUCACUAUUUGAAAUAUGCUUCUUGGUGGGAAUCAAAUGCAAAGGCAGGUUAAACAUUCUGGCUGCUUGUGGACAUUAACAGCUAGCUACUCACUUGCAGCCCCUAGAAGAAAACAAAAAGAAACCCUUUGCUUUUGAAAUACUCAGUUCUUGUCCAUGCAUCAUUUUUCCUCUCGAGGAAAAGAAAAUAGUUAAUGGCUAGAAGUGUUGAGCAUUCCCAAGGAACUGAGAAUUAAUAAAAUGCUACCAGAUGUCUUUUAGUGGUGCCAAAAAUAAAUGUCUCUGUCAUAUAUUUAUAUUAUAAAUGUUUUCUAUUUAUGUUCCUUUUGACUCUGGAGGUUUAGUAGACUGUUGAGUGGGUCUAAACCUUGGUGUCUGUUUUUGCAAAUAGCUAUUUCAAAACUGCCUUCCUAAUCGAUCAAGUUUUUAAAAUGACAGGGAAAAAAGUAGCUUUCUAUAAUGUUUACCUAAUUGUGAAUUAAAAAAAUAAAAUAGCAAAUCUGGGUCAGUGUAAAUGUUAUGUCCACCUGCUGCACUGUAACAAAAGGUAACAGUAAUUUAGCAGAUACAUGUUCAGUAUUCUUUUGGUAGUGACAGGGAUCAGACAUGCCCAAAGCCUCAUGGACUCUAAUAGGAGUAUUUCCUAUGUCUGAGGUACACACCUGCCUCUGCUAUCCUUAUGCAUCUUAGAAAUAGUACAGAAAACUGACCAUAAAAUUACAUGUCAACUAACAUCUACAUCUGUAAUGGUAAAAGAUGUUAGGUACAGAGAAGCUAUUUACAAAGGGGUGCUUAGCUUGGGACCCUAGUUCUGGAGGACAGUUCUUCAGGUCCUUCAGAGAACAGUAUCAUGAGCUUACUGCUCUAAGAACAAACUUCCUUGCUUGUGUUGUCUUGACAAAGAUGACAGAAACAUUUCUCACCAAUACCCUUCGGCAGAAUGGGGAUAGGCAGUGCUUGGCUUUGACAGGAGGUAUUUAUAUGCAGGACACUGGACAUUCCUUACAGGUGAAAUGUUCCCUCUACACUGUACAUAUUUGAUUUGGGGCACUUCUGUAAGCUCUAAUAGUUUUUUGUUGAUUAUAAAUUGAGACAAAAAUUGUAUGUGUAUGAUUUUUUUACUCCUAUAUCCUUUAAUUAAAUUGCCAAAAAUUAAAGUGCAAUAUUGUAUUUUUAAGAACAAAUUUUAGAUUUUUGAUGUUUCUUGGAUCACAAGAAAUACAGAUCUAUGUAGUAUAAUAAAAUUAUCAGAAAAAUUAA